AUGGAUAAAAUUAAAGACCGGUGGGAGACUUUCGAAGAUAAUCACCCUAAAAUUCGCACGAUUGUUGAGGCAGUGAAGCCCUACGCUCCGCCAGUAAACUUCAUUACGGUCCACUAUGCAUACUUCAUCGGCGUAACCCUCUUAGGUACUCUGAUAUUUUGGGGCGCAUCAAAUCCAUCGAAGAGCAUUGGAUGGUGGGAUUGCAUGUUCAUGUGCAUGAGCGCAAUGACCGCUGCUGGACUCAAUUCCGUGAACGUCAGUCAGCUCACGACAUUCCAACAAGUGGAAUUGGCGGUGUUGAUGAUGAUGGGAAAUCAGGUACUGGUCAGCUACUUCACGGUGGCGUUCAGAAAACACAUCUUUGAGAAGAGGUUCGAAGAUAUUGUUGAGGCGGAGAAAGAGAGGCGGAACGCUCGGAAGGGAGAUGUUGGGGCUGUGGUCGGCAUGACUGGGGCGAUGUUUGGGUUGCCGGUUAUGGGGUCGUUUGGAAAGGGCAAAGCGGCGAGUAAGAUAAAGGGAUUGACGAAGGUUGUGACGCCUGCAGAGAGACGCGCAGAUGAUAUGCCGCCCAGCACACCGAUUAUGGAAGACCAGGCUCAGACGGGGAUGUCACCGAUUUCGGUCCUCUCAAGAGAAAGAAGUCCACCACAGCAUAUCGGUUUUCUGGAUCCUAUCCAAGAGCGUAUAUCUAACGAAAGGCCCAUGUCAGCGGCGACAGGACAUUCGAUCUACAACGUGCACAGCCAGCAAAGCAUAUCGAAACGUCGCCGCUCGUUAGCCGAAGAGUCCAAGCUAGACGAUAGCUUCAACGUGCAGACUUUUGUCAAGGAGCAAAAGCGCAACAUUGGUCGAAACGGACAAUUCUUCAACCUCUCGUCAGACCAGCGAGAGUAUCUGGGUGGUGUAGAAUACCGCGCGCUGAAGUUUCUCUCCAUGUUCGUCCCCGCCUACUUUAUACUCUGGCAGCUGUUUGGAGGUAUCGCAUUAGGGGCGUACAUGUCCGUUUACGAGAGGGAGGCUUGCGCUGUCAAUGCGCAGAACCCUUGGUGGGCUGGCAUCUUUCUCGCCAUCUCUGCGUACAGCAAUGCUGGCUUUACGCUGCUGGAUGCAGGAUUCAUACCCUUCCAGUCCUCAUAUUACGUCCUCGUCAUUGUUACCAUACUGUCGCUCGCAGGACCUGCCUCCUUCCCCGUCGUUGUGCGCUUCUUAAUCUGGAGCAUGUCCACACUUCUCGAUCUCUUCUCCAAAGACAAGGAGUACGGCGUGUGGAAAGAAGGUUUCGACUUUAUCCUCAAGUUCCCGCGUCGCGUAUAUACCAGCAUGUUCCCUUCGCGCGAUACCUUGCUAUUUAUCGCAACCUUCACCUCGUUUGUAGUGGUAGACUGGGUCCUCAUCCUCGUUCUCAGCAUUGGAAACCCGACUAUGGAAGUCAUACCUAUCGGCCAACGUGUCUUCAUCUCCCUCUUCGAAGGGUUUUCGAUCCCAACUGGAGGUUACGCUAUCGUCUCGCCAUCGGCCAUGUAUUUUGACGUACAGGUUCUGUGGCUUGUUGUCUUCUACACCGCGGCGUACCCACACAUCAUUACCAUGCGCAAGACCAACGUAUAUGAGGAAAGAUCUCUUGGAAUUUACGAGGGUGACGAGGCUGAGCCAGAACAGCUUCACUCGGCGUCUAGCUCGCUCUUCGAUGUUGACGCUGCGAUAUCACCGUUGCCUACUGCUGAGGCAGAACCAGAAAAAACACGCCUCGCGCCUAUCAAGUCUCUCGGUCAAGUCGGCCGUCGCGGCACCGCCUUCGUAGGUCGCCAACUCCAGCAUCGCAUGACAGCUUUCCAGGGUGUCGGUGUCGCGCCUGUGCCGUCCGCAGCGCCUGCUACUCUGAAAAGAUCAAAAACCAUGGACUUCAACCGCGCAACAUCCAUCCACUCGCUUUCUUCGCAUCCAGGAACCAGACCUCCCUCCCUCAUCAGCCAGCAAGUUCGAGGCCAACUUUCGCAUGACGUAUGGUGGAUAGCUCUCGCGCUCUUUCUAAUCACACUCAUCGAGACACAUCACUCCAUCGAAGACCCGCGCACAUACAGCGUAUUCACUAUUCUAUUUGAGAUUGUGAGUGGAUACACGACUAUUGGAAUUAGUAUCGGGUUGCCGGAUCAAUCAUACAGUUUCAGUGGCGGGAUGUACACGGGGAGUAAAAUCAUCAUGAUUUUGGUUAUGCUGAGAGGAAGACAUAGAGGUUUGCCUGUGGCGCUUGAUCGAGCAGUGCGGCUACCGGGGAAGAAAUUGGCUGAGAUGGAGGAGGAAGAUGCGGAGAUUAAGAGUAUGUUUUCUCAGUGA